AUGGCUAAAUCACAAAAAGCGAUGCGUAACACUUAUUUACUUGCAAAGACACCACCACUCGUAAAGAAACCACCUUGCCAUAAAAAUACCUACUUGCGCGUUUGCAAAGAUGCCCACCUUGUAGAGACACCUGACCAUUCACCCAUCCCUAGAAACCCACCAACCUAUUGUGAUAUUCGACUAUUCACCUACCCACCAGUAGAGACACCCAACAAUCCACCUAUCCACCCAUAG